GAAGCCUGAGCAUAAAGAAAAAUUGCAAGUUGAACAUUGGUUUGCCACUGUUUAAAGGCCAAGACUACUUGAUAUGAUCAUAUAACUACCCUACUACAGACAAUCUUAUUCCUUGCCGGAAAUCGGAAAUGUCGUUCGCCGCGGAGUCCAAAUCCGUCAAGACCACCACCGGGAAGUCAUCUACAAGUAUGGCAGCAGUGAAUACAUUGGACAAUGAUGUGAAACUGAGUUUAUUACCUCGUCAGAUUAAGUACUGUUCAGAAGCUCUCAAGUUUCUCAAGAACAAGAGAGUAUACCAGAGUGAAUUACUGGAUGCUGAGUUUGCUUCUUUGCCGCAACGGGUCAAAGUUAUUGUGAAUGGUUUAGAAAUGCUGGAAGCACCGCAUAGGUUUUCGGUGGCUUACAGCGAAAAGAAUUUGAACAAGAACCGUUAUACAGAUGUUGUACCAUUUGACACAAACUUGGUCCGCUUGAAUCCGUGCAAGGAUUAUCGACCAUCAGCUACAGGAUAUAUCAAUGCAAGCUUUCUCAUGGCUUCUCCAUCUGAGAAUGUUUCACAGUUCAUAGCCGCACAAGGUCCAUUGCCCGUACACAGUCCACAUGCCACACAAGGUACCAUAUUGCCCUCACAAGGUCAGAUACCAGACACCUACGAAGAUUUUUGGGAGAUGGUACUCCAGCAUCGUUGCCCUGUAAUUGUGAUGCUUACUCCAUUUGCUGAUGAUAAAAAGAAGAAAAAAUGUGGAGACUAUUUUCAGACAGAUGAUGGUCCAAGAGAAUUUGGCAAUAUAUGUGUCACUACUAUAUCAACAGAGACGACCCCAGAUUCCUUGGUCCUGCGUAAUCUGGAGGUGAAGUACAAAGAGUCAGAAGAGCCCCCACUGUCGGUUUUGCAUAUUCUAUAUCUUGAUUGGCCUGAUGACGGAGUUCCCAAAGGCACCCUUACUCUUCGUAAGAUUUGGAGAAGAUUAAGUACUGUGCUGCCUAUCAAAGGACCUAUCGUGGUGCACUGCAGUGCAGGUAUAGGUAGAACUGGAGCUUAUUGCACUGUCCACAAUACUAUGCAGAGGAUUCUGAUCGGGGAUAUGUCCGCUUGGAAUAUUGGUGAAACUGUAAAGACAUUCAGGUCACAGCGAAUAGGAAUGAUUCAGACAAAGGAACAAUAUGAUUACUGCUAUGAUGCUGUCAUCGAAGAACUAGAAGACAUUGUCUCAGAACACUGUGGUCACACGAGUUGUUGAUGGUGUCCUCAUUACUUCCGGGGUUUUGGUUUAUGCUUGGUUUGCUUUUUGAAUGUAUUUGAAGGGCAAAUCACAUGGCAUUCCCUUGAUAAAUCUGCACUCUGCAAACCUUGAAUAUUUGUUUGGACAUUUACCCUGAUCUUUGAAGCUUCCUAUUAUAUAAUGAGUUUGUUAAUUUGGUUUGUGGUAUGUUGUUUUUUAA